UUCCCUGCGGCCUGAGCUCUGUCAGGCAGCGACAUUCAACGCUUCGCCAAGCGAAUUUUUGGAGAGAUUGACUCUCCAAAAAGUCAGUCUUACAGUUUGCCGAAAGGCAAAGACUGACCGGGCUCUUCACCAACUGAGCCCUUGCAGAGAAUUGUCUUUGAAGAUCACUCGUGUCCUUUACUGGAAGGCAAAAGUACUGUAUCUGGUUCUGAGACCUUCACUGCAGUAAAGAUUCUCCCUCCCUGGACUUGGUCCAGGGAGGGGGAACACAGUUGAUGCAGAGUCUAGAGGUGAGCUGAGACACUGCCACAAUUUAUCCACCCACAACAUCCUUCAGAAUGGAUCCCAGAUUCCUGAAGAGAGAGGCGCUGGCUCGUCCUCUAAGGCCGAAAGAGCCUGAGAAGCCCAAGCCUUUCACCAUUUUUGACAUCAGGAACAUGGGGCUCAGGUUCAGGAAGAAGCCGGACAGCCCUCAGGAGACAAAGUUGCCCAAGAUUGUCCAGCACCGAGGCACAAGUGAGAACUCCAAACGCAAGUUCUCAUCACGUGACCAGAACAAGACCUUGCUUGAGCCAUACCCAUCCGAGCUGGUGUUUCAGAAUUAUCCCCUGGGCAAGGUCUGUGAAAUGCCUUUGCUUCUGAGGAAUAGAGGCAAGGUUACUCGGCUGGUGAGGGUCACCAUGGACAGCUCACCUUAUUUCAAGUUGGUCGGCCCCAAUGGUGUGUGCCAUCAGAUCCCAGCAGGCUCAUUUUGCACUAUAAAGAUCCUUUUCAUCCCUGAGGGGAGCAAGUCUCUUUUCCUGCAAGACCAUUUCCACGAGCUUGUCUGCAUCUGCGAAAGGGAAAAGUUCACUGUACCAAUCCGGGCCAUUGGUGCCCGCCCAAUCUUGGACUUCCCCGACCAGCUGGACUUCUCAUCGUGUCCAGUCAACCACAGCACCCAGAAGACUCUGCUGGUUCGCAACACCGGGAACCUGGAAGCCUCUUACAGCCUCAGCACUGAGAGCCCUUUCACUGUCAGUCCAGCCACGGGAACCCUCGACAUUGGUGAAGCCAUGCAAGUGACAGUGGAAUAUCACCCAAGGGAGAUUGGGCAUCAUUCCACAUCCCUGGCAGUGCACUGCGACAUAGUUGAUGAAGAUACCCACACCAGGCUUCAUGGAAAAGCUAAGGACUUCAACAUCGGGCUGGAGAAGUACUCUUUGGAAUUUGACAAGACUUAUCUCACGCUGUCAAGCCAAAGAACCAUGCUCAUCCACAACAGAACUAACAUCACAGCCCGGUUCCAGUGGAAGGCUUUUGCUACUGAGGUAGAGGAGCAUCCACAGAAGAUCAG